GAUUCCGCUCUUGGAAAUGGUUAGGAGCCGUUGCGUAAGGACAGAAUGACAGAGAACAGCCAUCAGGACACUGACCGCAGACAAGGAGUGAGAGCCAACAGAAACAGUCACUUUAAACGUAUCUCUGAUGUACAGAAGUCCUGGCAUUCUGUGUUUUUGAACUGAACAGACAUUUUCAUUUGCUCUUCUCCAUGUUUGUGAUGGAUGAAGUUCAGAUGUAGUUUGUCAGUCUAGAGACAUGGAAUCUGUAUCAUAUGACCGGUUUACCACAUCUGAGGCAGAAAUUAAUCAUACGGGCCAAAAGUUAUUACAUGAAUCAGGUAGACAGAACAGAAAGAUGUACAUACUAUAUGGCGCUCUUGUCCUUUAUGUGUUUAUACUGACGCUGGCUGUAGGAAUUAAAAUCUCUCAGGUCAGCCAAGAUGUCACUGAUCUUAGACUUUCUCUGAAGACCCUUGAGGCCCCCAAAACUCUGCAAUUUGAAAAUGCUUACUUCUCUGAGCAUGUGAUGCCGGUGCAAGGUCCCUGUCAGGAAGACUGGGUGUUUUAUGAAGACUCGUGCUACUUUCAGUCUUUAACAAAGAAGAGCUGGCAAAUUGCUGAGAAAAAAUGUGUGGAGAAAGGAUCACACUUAGUGGUUGUCAAUGACCUGGCUGAGCUUGACUUCCUGUCUUCAAUCGUGAAGUUGUCUGAGAGCUACUGGAUCGGGCUUGUUGAGAAAAAAGAGGGACAAUGGAGCUGGGUAGAUGGAACAGACUAUAGUACUACUGAACACCACUGGGAUGUAGGUCAACCAGAUGACUGGGAUGUCCGUGUGAAUGGUGAGGAUUGUGGGCAGCUUCACGCUCGGAUAACUGUGGACAGACGCAGGCUGUGGAAUGAUGCGGACUGUACGCUUUCUUUCCCUUACAUCUGUGAGGGCAAACCCAAGAGCCACUGACAAACAUCAACUAACCUCCAAAAUCACUUACUAAAUCACUUCCUUAAGCUGGGCUUUUGUCUCUUUUUCCAAUAAAAAUAUCUAAACUUCCUUAAAA